UGAUAAAGUUGUACUUUUCAUAAAAUGUAGAAGUUAUUCAUAGUUAUAUAGAAUAUUCUUCUUGCAGUAACAUUGGUAACAGGGUUGAUGAAUGUGAUCAACACUGUACAGUUUGUGUAAAAAUGAGACGAUAGAUUGAGAUUAUUUUCUUGUCCUCCCAUCAUGCUGUAGAAAGAGCCCAGAUGAUGUCACUUCCUGGGCGUCACAGUUUUAAGAUGAGGAAAAUUCAUAACAGGGUUGAGGGUCGAAAUUCACUUGAGUUUGUUUUCAGUGUCCCACAUUCACAUGUGUGAAAGAAAAAGUGACUAACUCUUAAUAAUUAAACAGUUUUAGUACAAUAAAUAUCUUAAAUAAAUAUCUAAAAUCUUAAAUAAAUAAAUAUCUUAAUUAAAUAUCUUAAAUCUAAAAGUUGGUGUUAAAAUAUGACAAUAAUUGUGUCAUUCAUCAACAUCUUUAAUAGUUCUCACUACAGAAACAUGGUGAUUUGUCUAUAAUGUUUUAAAUAUAAUAAUUGUUUCAGGGACAUAUAAUAAAUAUAUAAAAAGGCAUCAAAGUGAUCGGUAUAUUAGCAGUUGUCUACUUCAGUACAUGAAGGUUCACUUUUAUGUUCUUUCACUUCAUAAUCCUCAUUUUGAAUCACUUUAAUAUACUGAAAAUUAACUUUUGUUGUGAUUUCAGAGCUGAUGGAAGUGAAGGAGGAGAGUGAAGAACUGAGUGAAGUGGAGGAGGAACAUCAUGACAAACCUGGAGAAAAACCUUUGAGUCGCUCAAAGACUAAAAAGACAUUUUUAAAGAAAAGAGCCAAGAAAUCUACAAUCUGUACUCAGUGUGGAAAGAGUUUCUCAACCAAACAGAGUCUUGAUCGUCACAUGAGAAUUCAUACAGGAGAGAAGCCGUUCACAUGUGAUCAAUGUGGGAAGAGUUUCAAACAAAAAGGAAAUCUUAAGAGUCAUAUGAAGGUUCACACUGGAGAGAAACCACACACAUGUGAUCAAUGUGACAAAACAUUUCUUAAGUCAUCAGCCCUGAAGAGACACCUGACAGUUCAUACAAAGGAGAAGCCACAUUCAUGUUCUGUGUGUGGAAAGAGUUUUUCACAGCUGUAUAGUUUACAAGAACAUGAGAAAAUACACACUGGUGUGAGAGAGUACAUGUGCUUUGAGUGUGAGAAGACUUUUAUUUCAGCAAACCAAUUAAAAGUGCACCAGAGAAUUCACACUGGAGAAAAACCUUAUAAGUGUUCAUACUGCGACAAGAGAUUCAAUCAGUCAGAACAUCUGAAAACACACGAGAGGAUCCACUCUGGAGAAACACCUUUCAAGUGUUCACAGUGUGACAAGAGAUUCAGUUGUUCAUCAAAUCUGAAAUCACAUGAGAAGAUCCACAGCAGAGAGAAGCUGCACACAUGUGAUCGGUGUGGAAAGAGUUUCUCUAUUAAAGAUCAGCUGAAGAUACACAUGAAGAUCCAUGCAGUGGAGAAACCACAUCACCACAGUCUGAAAUCACAAUAAGUAGUUCAUCUUUAUGUGCUGAGAAACAAAGUAGUUUCCUUAAAGCCACAAUAAGCGGCAGGACAGUUUGGUGGUUGCUUAGUGUCUGCUUGGAAAAUCUGAAUCUUCUCCUGAAACUACAACAGAAUGAUCAAAUCACUGUUAAAACAGACUGUAUGGAUUUUUUCCUUAAGAUCAAUGUGACAAACUAGUGACUUACACUUAGUGAACAAACUGCCAUGUUUCUAUUAUUGUCAUUUACAACAUAACAAUAAAACAACCUGCAACAGACAAUAUUAACUUGCUGUUGCUCCUCUUCAUUCGUUCCAUGAUAAAUCUCCCACCAUUUCCCAUUAUCAUUCCUUCGAUCUUCUGUAGUAGUUCUUGUACCUGAAUGUCUAAAUUACUCUUGAUAUUGAAACAGUAAAAUCGUCCUCCACAUUCAGUCAACAGCACGAUGUUUCAGUUUUAGAUGUUCAUCACUCCUCUGUUUUUGUCUGUGACUUUUUUUUUUAUCCUUGUGGAAAUAUCCAACCUGGUGGGAUUAUUUUGCCUCGGACUUUGUCACAGGACAGUGCUGUUCCUCAACAUGCUUCCAAACUCAAAACUACUUAAAAGGACAAUCUUGCACACACACAUACAGUGGUGUGAAAAAGCGCUUGCCCCCUUCCUGU